UCUCAAAGUGUUUCCUGGAAGCUGCUGCAGAGAAAAGCACAGACACUCUGACAUGUAGCGUCACACACAGAGGAAGGAGGAGGCUUUUACUGUCUGUCAAACUGCUGCUGAUCUCAGUUCAGCUGCAGAAUGGAGGGAACAUCUGUCCAGAGGCUGCUGGUUGUGAGCUCACUGCUGAUCUGCUCAACAAACCAAGCUCGUCUGACUGUGAGUCCCAGCAGAUCUCAGAUGUUUGAAGGAGACUCUGUCUCUCUGAGCUGUGAGGAGGACGACAGCUCUGCUGGAUGGAGGCUGUGGAGGACGACUGCCAGAAAAACCAGAGCUGAGUGUGAUGGUACCUGGGGAGAACCAGCUGGUUCUUCCUGUAUCAUCAGCUACACUCUCCCCUGGGACAGUGGAGUUUACUGGUGUGAGUCCAGAGAGGGAGCAACCAGUAACAUCAUCAGCAUCACUGUCACUGGUGGAUCAGUGAUCCUGCAGAGUCCUGUCCUCCCUGUGAUGGAGGGACAUGAUGUCACUCUGCACUGUAAAACAAAGACCACUCCCUCCAACCUCCCAGCUGCUUUCUAUAAAGAUGGCUCCCUCAUCAGGACUGAGCCUACAGGUCACAUGACCAUCCACCAUGUUACCAAGUCUGAUGAAGGCCUCUACAAGUGUAACAUCAGCAGUGAUGGAGAGUCUCCACCCAGCUGGAUCACUGUCACAGGAAAACCUACAACCACAAACCUGCCGACUCCUACUGUGACUCCAACCCCUGCCUCAGCCAGGGAUGGAGUCCUAUGGUCCCUCCACCUCAUGUUCAUAUUGGUCCGUUACCUGGUGAUGUUGUGUCCGUACUUCAUCUCCACUGUCCUCAUGGUGUCUUUAUAUCGACACAGACCCACAGGAAACCACCUGCCCGUCUCCAUGGUGAUGACCCCACCCACCCAGGCUGAGCAGGGAUUGGAUGAUGACUAUGAUGAUGUCACCACAGAGCAUCACUUCUGACCUGAUCCAGUGUCUUCAGUGUCUUAAACACACGUCUUUUUAAACGGAGCUAAAAUGUUUGAGUCGUCAGCGAAGAAAAAUUAGAAAGUCAGAAAACCAUUUAAAGUAGAAAUGACUAACUAACCCUAACUUUACACUUUAAUGGAGUCAAUGACCAAAGUCUGUUCUUUGAAGAAUCUCAGCAGCGUCCCUGUUUUUAAUACGUCCACUGUCAUGAUUGUAUGAAUAACUUAAUGAACAACACAUUGAUCUGUAGAGGUUAUGAAGGAAGGCGGACCUCAGCAGGUCCAGGAAGUCCAGCUCUGUCAGACCACAAGGACACUGCAGCUCCUGUAACGUGGAUCUCCUCAAAACUGAAACAGAUGAGAGGGAAAAACAUUCAAGACCUUUCAUAACUCUGGGAGAUAACAAACAAACAGACAGGAAGAAGUCAGAUAAAGGCUCCUAGUCUAAAGAAAAUGGAUGACUGACCCUGGUGAAAUGACCGGAUCUGGAUGUGGACAUUCAGCAGGACAGAAAUCCAAUCUUGUUCUCAGAGUCCUAGCUGAGUCAGACCUGAACUCACAGACAUGAAACACAUUUUUAGAUUCAGCGUGACGUCUACUUCCUGAGGAUCUCAUUAUCCCUGACGUCCGUCCAGAGUAAACCUCCAGAAAUCAGAGAAAACAGAGGCUGCAGAACUCCAUCCACAGUCUUCAUGUUUUUAAGUUAUCUGAAGUAUCACAGUAAUCUGAACUUCAAAACCUUCCUGAGAACUUCUCCAAACUUUUCCAUCUUAUAAAAAAAAACCUCCUAUUUUUUAAAGUAAUAAAAGUAGUAACACAGCAGUGCAGAAAUACUUAAAGCAGCUGUAGUGAAAGUACUUAUUUUAUGUAAUGUUUUAUUUCAGAAUAAAGUAUAUUAGAUUUUUGGAUUGUAAUUAUUCAUGUGUGCAUCACUUUGUUAUAUUAUAUUACAAUAUAUAUAUAUAAUUUUAUAUAAUGUGGGGUAUUUUGUUUCUUUAACCUAGGGCUCAAUAAAAGUUUAAGC